AUGUCCACUCACUACCACCAAGCUGCUAGUGAUAGCUACCUGGAACUUCUAAAAGAGGCUACCAAGAGAGAUCUGAAUCUUUCUGAUGAAGAUGGCAUGACUCCCACACUACUGGCAGCCUACCAUGGGAACUUGGAAGCCCUAGAAAUAAUCUGCAGCAGAGGAGGGGACCCCGAUAGAUGUGACAUCUGGGGAAAUACUCCUUUACAUUAUGCAGCCUCCAAUGGUCAUGCCCACUGCGUCUCAUUCCUGGUCAACUUUGGUGCCAACAUCUUUGCCCUGGACAAUGACUUACGGUCUCCUCUGGAUGCUGCUGCCAGCAGAGAGCAGAAUGACUGCGUUGCUCUCCUGGAUAAGGCUGCCACUGCCCAUAACAUCAUGAACCCCAAGAAGGUCGCCAGGCUGAAGGAGCAGGCUCAGAAAAAUGCCAGGAGGCAGAUUAAAGAGUGUGAGAGGCUCCAGGAGAAGCACCAAAAUAGGAUGGCCCGCACCUACAGCAAGGAGGAAUCUAGGACUCUUUCUUCUUCCAAGGGCACUUUCCCCAGGUCAUCCCUUUCAAAUGCUUCUGCUGCCAGCACAUUUGGGUCACUGUCUAAGGGCAUUAAAGAUACCUUCAAGCUAAGGUUCAAGAAGAACAAAGAUACAGCAGAGCAAGUAGAGAAGGAGAGCAGAAGUGGGCAAAGAAACAUGAUGGAAGUGUUCGGAGAGGAGGAGGAAGACGCAUUCUCAGGGGACUUCAAAGAGAAGCUCCAGUUCUCAGAAGAGGAGGACAGCUGUGUGCAACAUGAAUCCAUUCUCAACCGUCCAGGUCUAGGAAAUAUUGUUUUUAAGAGGAACAGAAUAUCAAGCCCCGAAGAGAUCUCAGACAGCAAGAGGGAGUUGGGAUUUAAGAUGCCCAGUGAAGUGCUUCAAAGACAAGGAGGAGCAGAGGCUGAUGAAGCUGAGGCUGAUGAAGAGGGAGAGGAAAACAGCCAUGAAGAUGAUCUGCCUUGGGAUGAGGAUGAAGUGGAGUGGGAGGAAGAUGGGGUUGAUGCCACUCCUCUGGAAGUGUUCUUACAGUCCCACCACCUGGAAGAAUUCCUUCCCAUUUUCAUGAGAGAGCAGAUUGAUUUAGAAGCUCUGUUGCUUUGCUCUGAUGAGGACCUUCAGAACAUACAAAUGCAGCUGGGUCCAAGGAAGAAAGUUCUUAAUGCCAUAAACAGAAGGAAGCAGGUGCUCCAACAGCCUGGGCAGCUGGUCGACACCAGCCUCUGAUGGAGUGUGAGGUCAACAGGGUAAGCCUGUGGCAGUGGGGUGACCUGUGGCCCACUGCAGCACUCCAGACAACAACCCCUCUCUACCCAAUGCCAGACCACUCAGAAUGGUUUCUGGGGCAUCUAGGAGAUGCCCAUCUAAGAAAGAGGCUCAAAAUCUACUCUGAGAAAUACUCUAUACAUGUCCAAAUAAACCACCAGUAAGAAACUCAAGGAGAGCUGGGAAUAAGAAAAUGAUGUUUCUCUUCAAUUGUCUUUUUGAUAUUUUUGAAUAUAGAAAGGGGUAAAUGGAUGACAGAGAAGAGAAAAAGCUUUCUUUGCUUUUCCGAUUCUGGACUUAAAAUUAUAAUCUGUCAUCACACUAGCCUGCCAUUUACUUUCUGAUCCUUACAGCCUGGGGAUUCUAACUCCAGUUCUGGCCUUAGCUCUAUGACCUUGUCUGUUGGUGGAGAUUAAAGUUCCUCCUCUGGCCUGAGAUUUGAUGCCCAACUUAAAUGUAUCUAACCCUUCAACAGAUGUUUACAUGUUUACAAGUAAUAGAAAUGGGUCUAUAAUACUUCUGCCUGAGAACAGAGACAGAGUGGCAGGUAGGAAGAAUGAAGAAAGAAAUAGAAUAUAGGGUACCUGUUGUGGACUGAAUUGUGUCCCUCCAAAAUUCAUAUGUUGAAGCCCUAACCUCUAAUGUGGCUGUAUUUGGAGACAGGACCUUUAAAGAGGUGAUUAAGGUUAAAUAAGGUCAUAAGGGUGGGGCCAUAAUCCCAUAUGACUGGUGUCCUCCUAAGGGGAAGAGACACCAGGGAUGCACAUACACAGAGAAAAGGCCAUGUGAAGACACAGCAAGAAGGUGGCCAUCUGCAAGCCAAAGAGAGAAGCCUCAGGAGAAACCAGACCUUCCAUCACCUUGAUCUUGGGCUUCCAGCCUCCGGAGCUGUAGGAAAAUAAAUUUCUGCUAUUUAAGCCACCCAGUCUGCGGUAUUUUGUUAUGGCAGACCUAGUAGACGAAUAUAGUGCCUAAGCAAGAGAGUGGGGGAGGAGAGAAAGAAGAAUAUAGAAAAAAUAUCUGGCCUACUUGAUGAUUUUUCUAAGGGUAAAUGCCUCCUGAAACUUAAAGGAAAAAAAAAAUCUAGGUUCUUUGUAGGGAGAAUUUGAUUGUAAAUUUUACAUUUUCAUGCUCAUUAUGCACAUAUCUUUUAUUUAUUGUUGUCUGUCACCAUUGCUGCAUGUCUGAAUACAUGUGGGUUCUACAGUAUAAAUUGGCAACAUUGCUGCUGACAUUUUUUGAACUGCAAUCCCAAAUUCAAAUUGAAACUCUACUGAAUAGCUAAGCUUCAUUGGAUUUUUAUAGCCAGACUUACAUCAAGUGGGAUUUACCAUCAAUUAUGUGUAUAAUAUAGAAACAGCUGUUUAUCUUCAGCAUGCUUCCUGAUUCACAUCUGUUUUGGUUACUUCAAGAGGCACCAUGGAGCAGAUAAGCUUAAGGAGGAUACAGAUGCUCAAAUCUGAUGAACAAUUGGCUCAUUCUUCCUCAAUGGUUGGAUUCAGAAAGGUUGUCAGUCACAGAAUAAAUAUGUUUAAUCAUGUUUACAAAUAUUGCAUUUUGUUGGUUGGAAUAAACUGAAGUUGUAUUUGCUUUAAAAAAUGUGCAUUAAAGCAGUUGGCACAUAGAAAGCACUCAAAAAAAGUUUGUAGCGUCUGAGCCUGCCUGUAUUAGUACUUCAUUAUUUUAGAUGCCAGGAUCCUCUCUCCACGUAUUCCCCAGAACCCGCCUGAUGAGCCACUUGUUGCUAGGAUAUAGGAGAAUAAGCCAC